CCCCUCAGAAGAAGACCUGCCCAUGGUCCCCAUCUGUCACCCCUGCCCACACUCCUGUCAGCGGCCCGACCCCAGUCAUCAGGCCCCUGGUCCAGAUGAGUGAGCUCUGCAAGCCUGAGGCAGACCUUCAGGCCCCAGUCCAGGCCCAGGGCCCAGUGGAGGCGCAGCUGUUCGGGACCGAGGGGGAGGAGGCUGCAUCCCCCUCGUCCUCCUCCUCCCCAGUCCGUGCCCACCCCCCAACCCAGGCUGAGUCCUUGUCCCAGGAGGCACUUGGUGUGCUGAUGGCUGACCUGGUGGGGUUCCUGCUCCUCAAGUAUCGCACCAAGGAGCCAACCUCCAAGGCGGAGAUGCUGAGUAUGAUCCUCCGGGACCAUUGGGACCACUUCCCCGUGGUCUUCAGCCAUGCCUGCGAGUGCAUGCAGCUGGUCUGUGGCAUGGACGUGAAGGAGGUGGACCCCAGCAAGCACACCUAUGUCCUGGUCCCCACCCUGGGCCUCACCUGGGAUGCCAUGCUGACCGAUGGGCAGAGCACGCCCAAGGCUGGCCUCCUGGUGAUGCUUCUGGCUGUGAUCCUCCUGGAGGGUGAAUGUGCCUCUGAGGAGGAGGUCUGGGAAGCACUGAGCGUCAUGGGGGUGUAUGCAGGAAAGCACUGCAUCUAUGGGGAGCCCAGGGAGCUGCUCACCAAAGUGUGGCUGCAGGAGGGCUACCUGGAGUACCGGCAGGUGCCCCACAGCGACCCCGCCCCCUACGAGUUCCUGUGGGGUCUCCGGGCCAACAUGGAGACCAGCAAGUGGCAGGUCCUGGAGUAUCUGCUCAGGGUCCAUCGAUGGGAUCCCAGGUCCUUCCCAUCCCUGUCUGCAGAGGCUGUGAGCAUUGAGGAAGAGGGGCCCUGAGCCAGAGCAGCAGCCAGGCUCCUUCCAGGUCCACGUCCAGCAGCUUUUCUUGCAGGGCAGGAAGGGAGGCUGAUACUCCACUGUGAGUUUGAAGAGGGAGCAGUCAGCCUUCUAAGUAGUGAGGGUCUGGGAGAGUUAGGGGAACACGGUGUAUAGCAUCUUUGGGUUCCUGUUGUGUAUGAUGACAUGGAAUUUCAUCUCUGUUUUCUUUAGGAAUUCUUCAAAUAUUGUUCCUUUUAAAAGAAGGCUUAAUAAGCUUCGGUAUCUAAGUUUGUGAAUGGCAUUGAUCACACAUGUAUUUGCGCUAAUUCAGUU